AUGGGAUUAACUGGGGCAAGGGUGGGAGCCACUCUGGCCACCCCCGACGCCGCCGUCUCCGACGCCGCCGCAGGGGCAGGCGCCACCACCUCUGACGCCGCCAGCCUCGACGACAGCCCCGGCACGUCCGGAACCGUCUCUGUCGCGGCUGCCGGAGCGGGCGUGCCCGUCCCUGCCGCCGCCGCGGCCUCCAUCACGGCCGCUGAGGCCGGCGUCCCCACCUCCGUCACGAUCUCCGGGGCAGGCGUUCCCGCCCCCGCUACCGCCGGCGUUUCCGUCGUGGCCGCUGGGGCAGGUGUCCCCACCUCCACCACAGCCAGCACCUCCGUCGUGAUCGCUGGGGCAACCGUCCCCACCUCCACCGAUGCCAUCUUCGCCGCCGCCGCUGGAGCCGCAGGCUCCACCUCCACCUCAUCAUCUAGGUCUAUCACCUCACCGGUUGGAGGAACCCCAGGGGCAACACCUUGCCCCGCAGGAUCGGCCGUGGAGGAGGAAGGCGGAGCAGGGGUUGGACUCUGCCCCGUGCCCGGCUACGGCAUCCUUCCUCCGGUUGCCGUCGCGGAGGCCCCCUCCGCGGUAGGUUCCGUGGUCUCCCCGGCGACACCGCCACUAACCGCCGGCGGGGUCGCGGCUCGUCUCGCAGAGGCGGACGACACCCGCAGCGCCUUCUUCGCCACCAGCGGCGGGACAAAGUCCCGAGGGGCGCUGUGA